AAAGCUAUGUUAUGAGAAAGCAUUUCUAUCUAUAGCACAAUUGCAAGAUAAAAACAGAAAUGGCACCAAUCACAAAGCGCAUCGCUGUGAUUGGAGGAGGUUUCUCGGGUGUAUCUUCAAUUUCAAUGGUUAAAGAUGAAGGUAUGGAGCCAGUUUGCUUUGAAAAGUUAGACGCUUUGGGUGGAACUUGGUAUUAUCGAGAGGAAUCAGAAGUUGGUGUUGCUUCAAUUAUGCCAACUACUGUCAUCAACCACAGUAAAGAAAUGGGAGCUUUCAGCAAUUUUCCUCCAAGAAAAGAAUUCAACAACUACAUGAAGCACACUGAAAUAUAUGAAUACUUAAAGGAAUACGUAAAAUGUAAAGAUUUAGAGAGGUAUAUCCGUUACAAUAUGGAAGUGGUAAAAGUGAGGAAAUCCGAAGAUUACAAAACAACUGGACGUUGGAGUGUAACAGCAAGAAAUAGGUUAACGGGAGAGGAGGAAACUGAUAUAUUUGAUGGUGUCAUGGUAUGCAUUGGUCAUAUAAAUAAUCCAUAUAUCCCAGUCUUUCCUGGUCAAUCUGAUUUCAAAGGAGAGAUCUUACAUACUCAUAGUCUGAAAGGCGUAGAACGUUACAAAGACAAACGAGUGGUAGUUGUUGGGAUUGGUUGUUCGGCACUUGAUGCUGCUGUGGAAAUAAGCAGAGUUGCAAAACAAGUAUACCUGAGUAGCAGAUCUGGUGCUUUUGUGAUCAACCGCGUAGGCCCUAGCGGAUAUCCCAUUGACUACAUCAUGUUUAGAAGAUACUUGACUACAUUUUUAGAUAUUUUACCAACAAACCUAUGCAGUUGGUAUGUAGAAACAUUUUAUCUGGACCGCCAUUUCGACCACAGAUUGUAUGCUAUAAAACCGAAAUAUCACCUUCUUUCCAAAGAUCCAAUGGUUAAUGACCACAUAGCGGCGAAACUUCUGUCUGGAGCAGUAAAACAAACAGGAGACAUUGGUUGCUUUACAGAAAAUGGAGUCAUAUUUCGAGAUGAAAGCACAGAAACGAAAGCAGAUGUCAUAGUAAUGGCUACUGGAUACACAUAUGACUUUCCUUUUCUUGAAAACGGAACAGUAGUUAAUGAAAAUGGAAUUAUAAAUUUGUACAAAUGUAUGUAUCCGCCACAAUUGCCGCAUCCUACUUUAUCAAUCAUUGGCUUCUUCCUACCUUAUGGGCCCAGUUGGCCCAUCAUUGAACUACAAAGCAGAUUGGCUGCUAGUAUUCUUGCUGGUAAAAACAAACUUCCAUCUGAAAACGAAAUGAUUAAAGAGAUAAAGAGACGGCAUUGCGAAAAUGAGAAGAGAUAUACUCCAAGUGAAAAAAUGACCCUCCGUGUCGAUUUCUCUCAGUUUAUGGACGAACUAGCGAACGAACUUGGGGUAAAACCAAAUUUCUGGAGACUGUUAUUUACAGACCCCAAAUUGUUUUUGAGACUGGUGUUCGGUCCUUGCCUUUCAUAUCAGUAUAGAUUAGAAGGCCCGCAUAAAUGGGAAGGUGCUAGAGAAGCUAUAAUGACCAGUGAUGAACGAAUACACUGGCCCCUUCAAAAAAGAAAAAUAACAAAGAAAGGAAUUUUUGACUACAUAAUUGAAUAUAUUGUAAAUCUCAUACCAACGAAUAUAUAUCUGUAGCAACAAAAAUAUGUAGUAAUGAUAGUUGAAAACUUAAACAGGAUCAAUAUUUUAGUUUAAGGCCAUCUCAGUUUUUCAGAAGACAAUAUGGUUGUAUAUAAAAAAAUGUAUUGGUUUUUAAAUAUUCAUUUUUAAAAUUUUAGAGCUCUUAAUUUUAACAGAGAUAACAUAACUACUAGGUUGAAUACGUUCAGCUAUUCUUUAACAGCUUUUGAGAUUAUUACUUAUUAACUUUUGAAAUCAAGAAGUUCAUAGGGAAACGACCAAAUAGGCCUUUGAAUGACUCAUUUAAUAAAAUAAGAUUAAGAUCUGACAAUAACAAGUUAAGUGUUUUUCAAUUAUUAAACUGAAUUAUUAAAAUUAUAUUAAACUUUAAAAAUUCAGUUUAUUUUUCUAAACUGAAUUUUAAUAAGCUGAAAAAAAAUUUAGAAAUUUAUUAUUACAAUUAAUUUAUUAAACUGAAAGAAAAAAUAUAGAAUAUGACUUUGUUAUUGGGAAUUUUGAUUACAACUUUUAAUGUUUUUAUUUAACAAAUCAAAUGUAUGCAUACUUCAAAUAUUAGUAAAAGGCAAUGGUGCGAUUUUGCCAAAUGGGUGUCAUUUUAUUUCUUGUAUUGUUUAUACAUGAAGUUUUG